AUGCGACCUGGUUCGCCUACCGUGGGGGAUUCCACGGCUCGUUCGCAAUUUGGCGUUCACAAUGACAUCGGUUUAGGUGAAGAAGGGUAUCAACAACCAUCACAUUCACUUCCAACGGGAAAGGAUGGCACGCGGCUCGCCUAUCACGAGAUCCCCAGAAGACAGACGCACAAGCGCUCUGCGUCCCACAGUGAACUUUAUCAUAUGGUCAAAUUUCCAAUGCUGCUAUCGACGCUUGUUAUACCUCUGAUUGCGCUCGUUGUUUGGCUUGGGCUCACAGCACCAAAGUCGAAGCUCUUUGGGUCGUUUGCUGGUUUGGUGAUUGGCGGACGCUUCUCUCAAGGCGCGGCAAAAGCCAUCGACAUUCUUUGUAGCGCAAUCAUCGCACCGAUUAUAAUGGCAUCUUUGAACCUCGUUUGGUUCAGCUAUGCACGAGUGGCCAUCCGGGCAUCGCGAAACGUCCCGGAAGAGCAACGACGCAGAAUACCGCUGGCAACUCUGGUGACCAUCAGUGGCAUGUCUACUGGGAGUUAUAAUUUCGUCGACUUCCUCUCGCUGCUACGUGGAAAGACAUGGCGAUUGUUUCUUCUGACUGUACUGACGCUAUCCUCUGCAAUUGGAUGGACGACUUUGUCCAACGUCAUUGCCUACGAAGCCUACACACAACGAAUGCCGUCCGACGACAUAUAUACACUUAGAACACUAAGUGAUGUGCAAAUCAACACUGCAACGCACGUUGCUUCUGCGGUAGAGCAACAUGUGAAUAUUCAAUUCCCCUCAACCAGUUUCGGUUUCGACAUACCGCAACAAGCCAACAUAUCCGAGCAGCUCACGACCCUUUUAAACCAGAUGCUGUUGCUAAACUCAUCAAGUCUUGAUUCCGAUGGGGGUUACGUGGGAGUCAAUGUUACAGAUGCUUCCUUGAACAAGUUGUCACCUUCAGUGGUAGCACUAUACGAUAUACCCGCGUUUCGGUUGAGUGCGACAUGCGAACCUGCAAAGCUGCUUCCAGGAGGCGUUGGCCCUGCGCAGAUGGGGGCCUCGACGGUCGAAUUGACGGGAAUACUCGCUUCUCCGAAUACGACUUCUCAGUUGCACGGCUACUGGUAUCCCGGUGUCAUUGCGGAUAUCAAGGAUCAGUAUUCGACACAGUUUCCAACCGUCUUCUUUUCGUUAAACUACCAGCAUGCGGUUCUGGGUUAUUUGCAAUCGCAUGAAGCAAACACCAGCGUAUCAACUGCAUUUGGCGAGAUUCAACCUGUAGAACUGAACAUCACCGCAAUCAACAAUGUUUUUACCUCCUACUCUCUGUACUGCUCUCUUUUUCGCCAAGAAGGAGUCGCCAACUAUACGCGUUCCACAGGCCAGCCCUGGGAAUUAUCCGGGUCAAGAUUCCAGCCAUCGAAGAGCGCCGCGCGUUCUUUCAUCGGAGACUGGCAGGUUGCGCUCAACUAUCACGCCAUUAUAGAGAGAGGCACAAUCCCAGGUAUUGCGCCCGCCAUCAGAGGAGGCCUGGCUUGCGGACUACCAGCCAUAACCGGGCAAAUAGUGGCCUGCGAGACCAACUUUUCGACGUUUGUCUCCAACUUCGUGCUCGCGUCGGGCCGUGCCCAGACCAUGCUAUACAACGUUGCCGCAACGAAUUCUUCCCGCGAUAGGCCCGAGUAUUUCUUCGACGUGACGGGUGAUGCGAUGCAGCAGUUUUACCACCUCACCUACGUUCCGGCGCUGCUCUUUGUUAGCCUUCUUAGUCUCAUCAUAGCGGCGUCUGCAGCAACAGGCAUGACUAUGUAUGCAAGGUAUAUCCAUAGGGAUCAAGGGAUGGUACCGCACGAAAUUACUCCUCUGCGAUUGGUAGUAGACAGCUGGGCCGGGACGUUACAAGAUGCUGCUAGCAUGACUAGGUUGGCGAGCUUGUCGAAUGACGAGCUACAAGAGGCUGCUAAGGAAACGUAUACUAAUUAUUUACUGGAUUAA